AUGUGUCUGCUAAGCUUCAGUGGCAUGUAUUUCUUAGCUAAACACGCUCAGACACCUGAACCACGUCGAGCUUUUCGUGAUCUGGUCUACUGCGCGCUACUGUUUGGUGCGGCCUCUGCAACUCGAUCCAACGGCAUUUUACUCUCGUUGUUUAUUGCGUGGCAUCGAGUGAUAGUUUCGCCACCACCAAGGAAGCUCAGCUGGUUCUUAGGAUUUUGGAUACGCACUGCAGCUCUUGGUGUGCUUGCUAUUGCACCACAAAUUGUGUAUUUUGCCUCUUCAAUGAUGCCAUACUGUCCGUCGCUCGUACAGUCUUUGGGUUGGAAAGUUUCGGAAUCUGUUGAGAUGAAGGACCGUAGCUGGUGCGCGAUGGCAUUUCCCAAUGUAUUCGCCAUGUACACGUUCAUCCAGAGCGAGUACUGGAAUGUAGGUCUCUUUCGCUACUACGAGCUGAAACAACUGCCAAAUUUCCUUCUUGCUGCGCCAAUCAUUGCUCUUAGCGUGCAUGCACUUCAAGGGUAUUUUCGAGGCAAUGUCGUGCCUGGACGGUUACGGGUCAAACUUCAACAACGGACGGGAGGGUGCAAUUGGCGAGGCACUGUGCUGACUCCAUAUUAUGCACAUUGGUUGUUCUUGCUACUAAAUGCGCUGCUCGUCGUUCACAUCCAGGUGACUACGCGACUAUUGUGCGCAUGCCCUCCGCUUUUUUGGCAUCCUGCUUCGUUAAUCUGUGAUACUGCGAUGACAAGGAAGAAGAAACCCGUUUUGACAAGAUAUGGUCGCGUUAUUAUCAGCUAUUUUCUCCUCUUCACUGUGCUCGGAAGUGUUCUCUUUUCUUCAUUCUACCCAUGGACAUAA